GUCUCAUAGUAACUUUCAUUGCCAACAACUCAAUAUAAUCAUUUCAUAUAUCAUCUUUCUUAUCAUAAUUCUCUCAACUUUGAAGCUUAAGGGUUUAUUUUUAUUAUAUACUUUGAUGCCUUCAAAUUUGUGACAAGGACAUGUGUGUGUGCUGAGUUGGUUUUUGGUUUGGUUUGGUUUUGGUUUGGAUACCUUCCAGAUAGUAAAGUGGUAUGCAAGUUGGAUAUCAAGAUAAGCUAACUGUUUUGUUAGGUCUAUUUUUAGUAUUGAUUUGAGGUUCUUAUUCUGUGCUGAUAUACAUAUCUUUUGUUUACUUUUUGACAAAAUUUCAGAUCCAAUCUUUGUAGUCAAUUUUAGGGUAUCAAUUAUUAAUAUUAUUCUUGAGAUAUUUGAUGUUUGAGAGAAAAACCAUGUUUUGAACUUUUGUUUUCAGGUGAAGUUUAGAGUUAUUGUAUUAUAUUAAGUUUAGAGGUUUGGUUAAGGAAUGAAAGUUUGAAGGCUAGAUAGAAGAACAUGGGUAGUAAUAGUAAUAGAACCAUUGUUUGGUUUAGGAGGGAUCUUAGAAUUGAGGAUAAUCCAGCACUAGCUGCUGCUGCUAGGGAUGGUUCUGUGUUUCCUGUGUUUAUAUGGUGUCCUAAAGAGGAAGGACAGUUUUAUCCGGGUCGAGUUUCGAGGUGGUGGUUGAAGCAAUCUCUUGCUCAUUUGGAUCAGUCAUUGAAAUCUCUUGGAGCUGGACUUGUGUUGAUCAAAACUGAUAGUACUCUUAAUGCUCUUUUGGAGUGUAUAAAUGCUAUUCAAGCUACAAAAGUAGUGUUUAACCAUCUCUAUGAUCCUGUUUCGCUUGUUCGCGACCAUAACAUCAAAGAAAAAUUAGUUGAACUUGGCGUAUCGGUGAAAAGUUACAAUGGAGAUCUUUUGUAUGAGCCUUGGGAGUUAUAUGAUGAGAAGGGACAUGCUUUUACAACCUUUGAUCCCUUUUGGCAGAGAUGCUUACACAAGCAAAUGGAACCUGUUUCAUUUAUUCCUCCAUGGCAAUUAAUUCCAGCUAAAGGAAAAGUAGAGAAAUGUUCAAUAGAGGACCUAGGUCUUGAAAAUGAUUUGGAAAAACCAAGCAACGCGUUACUGGGACGUGCAUGGUCUCCAGGUUGGGCCAAUGCUAACAAGGCUUUAACAGAAUUUAUAGACAAGCAACUUCUCAACUACUCCAAGAAUAGGCAAAAGGUUGGUGGAGACUCGACCUCACUUUUGUCCCCAUAUCUUCACUUUGGAGAGUUGAGCGUGAGGAAAGUUUUUCAAAUGGCACGUGUGAAGCAGAUAUCGUGGGGAAAUGAAGGCAACAGUGUUGGCAAAGAAAGUGUAACACUUUUCCUCAGGGCAAUUGGUCUAAGAGAGUAUUCGCGCUAUCUUUGUUUCAAUUUUCCGUUCACUCAUGAGAGAGCACUUCUUGGUCACUUGAGCUUUUUCCCUUGGAAUGCCGAUCCUUCUAACUUUAAGACUUGGAGACAAGGUAGGACCGGCUAUCCUUUAGUUGAUGCAGGAAUGAGAGAACUUUGGGCUACCGGAUGGAUGCAUAACCGAAUAAGAGUAAUAGUUUCAAGUUUCGCUGUGAAAAUGUUGCUUCUGCCUUGGAAAUGGGGAAUGAAGUAUUUCUGGGACACACUUUUGGAUGCAGACCUUGAAUGUGAUAUCCUUGGCUGGCAGUAUAUCUCAGGAUGCUUACCAGACGGUCACGAGCUCGAGCGCUUGGAUGAUCCCGAGAUUUUAGGAUCUAAAUUUGAUCCAGAAGGAGAAUAUGUAAGGCAAUGGCUACCCGAGUUAGCAAGAAUGCCAACUGAGUGGAUCCAUCAUCCUUGGAACGCGCCGCUCAGCGUGCUUAGAGCAUCAGGAGUUGAGUUAGGUCAAAACUAUCCGAAUCCAAUAAUCGAUAUAGAUUUAGCCAGAGAAAAACUCACUCAAGCCAUAUUCAAAAUGUGGGAAAUUCAAGCAGCAUCAAAAGCUUCUGGCUCCGAAGCAAGGGAUGAAGUUGUCGUUGACAACGAAAAUCAAGACAUUCCAAAAGUUAUCCUUAAGGACAAGGGUCCAUGUGUUACUAUUUCAGCUAAUGAUCAGAAAGUGCCAGCACUUCCGGAUCCUAAGAAUGAAAUACCUAUUAGAAAGAGAAAGAAAGGUACUGAAGAGAAGGGAAAGGAGCAGGAAAGUUCGGUAAAUAACGAGAAAGACAGUAAGGUUUCAAGCCCUGACCAAGAGACUUGCUCUACCGCUGAUUCUUCCGCAUGUAAGAAGCAGUGUAGCACAAGCACAUAUUCAUUUUCGGUUCCACAACAAUGCUCUUCAUCUUCGAAUCUAAAAUGGCCUUGGCAAGAACAAAUUGACAUGGAGCAAAGUUCAGGGAAAGAUGGGGCAACAUGAGGUUAGUGAUGUGAAUCCAGUAGCAGGUGCAAUCUCUUCAUGGAAAGAAAAUGGUGGCAUAAAUGAAGUGUAUUCUGUUUUCUGUGGCUAUAUUCUGAAUAAAAUGGUUCUGAAAUCGAAUUCAAACAAUAGCCAACAAUGUAUAUUAUUUAGUUGUUCCAAUAAGAAGUUUUUAAGUAUUCUAACAAUCUUGUAUACAAACUUCAUUAACUGAUCUACUACAUAAUAAAUUAUUCUCAUUAGGCAUAA